GGGAGACAGGUGCUAAGGAGCACAAGCGUCCGGGCCGAGACAGCUAUAGAGGGACCAGGUACAAGGAGACAGUGACCUAAAUGGGACGUAGAAGAUGAAACCCAACUCCACAAGCUCUCCCCCACAUCAUUGUGGAGCUGCCACCUUAGGAGAGAAGAGCUGCCCUGUCUGCCAGGCCUGCAGAGCAGGGGAAGGACCAAGGGCCUCCCGUCCUGACAUGGCUCAAUCCGAAGCUGGUGGCCCAAUAGUACCCCAGGGCCAAGCACCCCAGAGCCAGGCACCUCAGGGCCAGGCACCCCAAGGACAGGCACCUCAAUGCCAGAUACCCCAAGGACAGGCACCUCAGGGCCAGACACCCCAAGGACAGGCACCUCAGGGCCAGGCACCCCAAGGUCAGAAACCCCAGGGCCAAGCACCUCAGGGCCAGACACCCCAAGGCCAGGCAUCUCAGGGCCAGGCACCCCAAGGUCAGAAACCCCAGGGCCAAACACCCAAAGGCCUGGCACCCCAGGUUCAGGCACCUCAGGGCCAAGCACUCCAAGGUCAGGCACCCCAAGACCAAGCACCCAAAGGCCAAGCACCCCAAGGCCAGGUACCCCAGGGCCAGGCUCCCAACAGCAAACCCAAGGAGCAGGCAGAACCCCCAUGUCCCACCACCCAGAAGGCCCUGGUGACAGGAGGGGGUGGCUACUUUGGGUUCAGUCUGGGUUCCAGCCUUGUCCGGAAAGGGGUCCCAGUGGUUUUGCUCGACAUCCAGUGUCCUAAAUGGGAAGUGCCCAAAGGAGCUGCUUUCAUCCAGGGUGACAUCCGGGACAGAGAGACCCUAUAUCAAGCCUGUGAAGGGGUUGACUGUGUCUUCCAUGUGGCUUCCUAUGGAAUGUCAGGUGCUGAAAAGCUGCAUAAAGAACAGAUUGAAUCUGUAAACAUUGGCGGAACUAAAAUAGUGAUUGACGUCUGCAUCAAACGGCAAAUUCCGAGGCUCAUCUACACCAGCACAGUCAACGUUGCGUUUGGGGGAAAGCCCAUCCAGCAGGGUGAUGAAGACUCCGUGCCAUAUUUCCCUCUCGAAAAGCACAUUGACCACUAUUCACGGACCAAAGCCGUGGCAGACCAGCUGAUCCUCACAUCCAAUGGAACUCCACUCCCUGGAGGAGGGACCUUGAGAACAUGUGUCCUUCGUCCCCCAGGCAUCUAUGGACCAGAAGAGCAGAGGCAUCUUCCCCGAGUGGCGGGUAGCAUCAGGAAGAGAUUAUUCACCUUCAAAUUUGGGGAUCCCAGGACACGUAUGAACUGGGUCCACGUCCAGAACCUGGUCCAGGCACACCUUCUGGCUGCAGAGGCACUCACUGCAAACAAAAGCUACAUUGCGAGUGGCCAAGCAUAUUACAUCAAUGAUGGCGAGAGCGUCAACCUCUUUGAAUGGAUAUCCCCUCUGUUUGAUAAGAUGGGAUACAGCCGGCCAUGGAUCCAGAUUCCUACUUCCUUGGCUUACCUGGCAGCUUCAGGGAUGGAAUAUCUUCACCUGGUCCUGAAACCCAUUUGUGAUUUCCCACCUCUGCUGACCCGAAGUGAGGUGUGGAAUAUAGCCGUGACUCACACCUUCCAAAUUCGAAAGGCCCGUGACCACCUUGGCUACACUCCGGAGAAGUUCAACUUCGCUGACUCAGUAGACCAUUACAUCCAGACCUGGAACAAGCAACAGCACCACAGCCCAGGGCUUCUAAGAUUCCUGAUGGUCCUCAUCUGCCUCGUUGGUGCACUCUUGCUUUCCUUGUACCUCCUAGACCCCUCAUUCCUGGGGCUCUCCCAUGGGACCACAUGUGACAGGCAUGGCCCAACCACCACAGGCUCCUGUUGAUUCUGCAGGAUUUAGACCUGAAAUAAAAUGGCCCAAUUUAGGAAUGGAGGGAGAUACCAAGCCAUGGGCCCCUAGAAACAGGUUGGUACCUGGGUCAUACAAGACUUAUCCAGUGCUAAGAAGGAGGGAAGAGUGCAGGAGCUAUAAGAUAGCAUCUAAAUUCUUUUCAGGAGGUCCAACAACACAUCCCACUCCCUUUUUCCUCUUAUUUCAAGACUUGGACGUAUCAAUACCUAGGAAUUUAGUUUAGAUCAGGGGCUCUUAAUCUUUUUUGAAUCAGGAACCCCUUCUCAGAAUGUUAUUUUUAAAAAUUCAUAAUUGGAGGAAAUACUAAAUUUUAGCUAGAGGUUAGCAAAAAUAAGGAUAUAUAUCCAUUCACAUAUGAAUAUAUAUACACACAUUUUUACCCCAUCCAAGUUCCUGAGCCUGCCUGAAAUCAUGGACUUGCUGGGGAUCUGGGGAUCCCAAGUUAAGAACCCCAGUUUAGACCCAAUAUAGCAUCCCUGAUUUGCACCCAACUUAAUUGCAUCCCAUUCCAUCCAUCCCCUUAACUGAGAUCUUAUUUAUCUAUUGUUACCUAUACCUGAGGGACCUGAUACAUCCCAAGCUAUAUCAUUGCUUAAUCUAGUCUUGGCUGCAUUUGCUAUUCAAUAGAAAUUAUGCCUCAUAUCACUCUGGUACCAGUUUUUAGUUCUGAUUUUUUCA